GUCACCUACUCACACACACUUACACCUGGAGCUUUUUAUUUGGAGAUACCAAUAAACUUAUGAAGCAUGCUUUUGGACCAGGGGACGAAGCUGGAGAAAACCCACACAUGCACAGGGGAGAACAUGCAAACUCAACCAGACAGGUCCAAGUCAGGUCAAGGCUUCCUGUGAAGCCCCUGGCUAUUUGUAGUGUUUCUAAAAACAUCUGUGGCUAAAAAACGUAUUCAGUAAAGGUGUUUUUGGCUUAAAAAUAGGAGAGACUUUAUGUUUUCCACUAAAUAAAGCAAAGCAAAUGCUAAAAAUGCAUGAGAUGCCCUGUUUUAUAAAUAAAGUUUGAUUUGAUUUGACUUGAUUUAAGUUAUUUCAGAAUUUCAUUUAAAUAUCUAUAGUAGUUUUCCUGAUGAAUCAAAUGUGUUCAAACUGUUGCUAAGUGUUAUAGUGUUUUUGACGGUUGCUUUAAGCUGAAGUGAUAGUUUGAAUGAGCUUUUUUUGCUCCUAGCUGAGAAACAUUGUUUUGUUUAUCACUUCAUAACAGUAUUCAUCAUAACAGCGUUCAUAACAGCGUUCUGGGCUGAAUUUGAAAGGUUGUUCUGCUCGCGGAGAAGAAGUUGUUGAGCUCCGGUAGGGGGCAGUGGAUGUUCUCAGGUAGGGAGCGCAGGUUGUUGGGGGCGUGAGCCUGUGUGUGUCUCUUGCUCCCACGUUGCGUGGUCUGGAAACCUGACGUGGUUUGCAGCGAGGCAGCCGGCGGCGCUCGCGCGCGCGUGUGUGUGUGUGAGUGAGUGCGCGCGAGGCAGUCAGAGAGAGGGAGCUGACAGUGACAGAGUCGCGGCCGGGCAGCUCACAAAGUGCCUGCGGCUGCUCUCUGCCGCGCGCGCUCUGCCCCCCCCCUCACCCCUCCUCUCCACUUUUGGACGAGCGGACCCGGACCACGCUGGCCGAACCUAAAAAGAAGAAGAAGAAGAAGAAGAAGAAGAAGAAGAAGAAGCUGGAACUGAACUACGAACAUUGACUUUUGAGCGAUGAACUGGCAGAAUGGCCAGGUGGUUCAAGGAGCACCUAGGAUUCAAAACUACCAAAGCACCCCCUCCGGCGCCUCCGAAGCCGGACUACAGGUACUGCCUCACCGGUGUUCCCGCGGCGCCGGGCUUCCAGCAAACAAGCUCCGCCGCGUGCUUCCAGAGUCCCGCUCAGCCGGACAUCCUCACCGCCUACAAAAUCCAAAAGGACAUGGACUUCGAGGACCCCUACACUCCCGGCGGAAGCGUCUGCUUCAGCUCCAGCCUCAACCCCGUGGGGUCGUCGGAUAUCAAGUACGUGUCGCCAAAGCACCGACUUAUCAAGGUGGAAACCAUCGAGAAGAGCAGCCCGGCUCCCGGCGGGGGGGUCACGGUCACUCAGGCUGUGGCCGUGGCUGUGGGGAGCGUUAAAUCCCCCACGUCGCCGUCUUCUGACCACGACAACAAGGAAAAGCCAAUCAUUCUUGAGGACUAUGCCGACCCCUUUGAUGCCGAGCAGGCUGGUGGCACUCAGCCCAACAUGGAGAAAAUCACCACUGAGAACGAUGGCUACAUGGAACCGUAUGAGGCCCAGAAGAUGAUGGCAGAGAUCAGGUCAGGUGGGCGAGGCUCUAAAGAAGGAUCGCUGCGGCAGCUGCCCCUCUACGACACGCCGUAUGAGCCGUCUGAGAAUGGCGGCGACUCUGACCCCGAGCUCCUGCGUUGCCCCAGAGAGAGCCGGCUGCCUCAGGAUGACGAGCGGCCCCCCGAGGAGUACGACCAGCCGUGGGAGUGGAAGAAGGAGAGGAUUUCCAAAGCCUUUGCAGUAGAGAUUAAAGUGAUCAAGGACCUACCGUGGCCUCCUCCUGUCGGCCAACUCAACACCAGUCCUCCCCUGGCGGAGGAGCUGGAGUCUCCUUCCCCGACAGCUCAGCCGUCGCCAGGACAGACAGGCUGUGACCAGCACCACCAUGUUCAGUUUGACGGGGUGGAUAAACCUCGAAUGUCUCCCACCAAGGACGGGAAAGGUCGCCCGCUACAGCGACACUCCAGCGGGUGUCUGGUGAACACCAAAAUGACCUCACUGGACCACUGCAGCUCCCCUGUUGGGGAGCGAAUCGACCCCUCCAUGCCUCUGGAAAGCCAGUUUUGGUACCACGGAGCCAUCAGCAGGACAGAUGCAGAGUCCCUGCUCCGGCUGUGCAAGGAGGCCAGUUACCUGGUGAGGAACAGCGAGACCAGCAAGAAUGACUACUCCCUCUCCCUCAAGAGCAGCCAAGGCUUCAUGCACAUGAAGCUGUCGCGCACCAAGGAGAACAAGUACAUCCUGGGCCAGAACAGCUGCCCGUUCGACAGCGUGCCUGACAUCAUCCACUUCUACUCCAGCCGCAAGCUGCCCAUCAAAGGGGCUGAACACAUGUCCCUGCUGUAUCCCGUAGCUAUCAGGACACUAUAGUUCUCUGGGUCCGCCUGAUGCAGAACUGGCUGGGACAGUCCAUGGCUCCGCCCUUCUCGUGUCUGCAGCCAACCUUUGGCUCUUGUCACUUGAAGACAAAGAGUAGCCUCCCAGAACUGACCGCUGACCCGACUCGCCUCCAUCAGCUGACGGUUUCUAGACUUGUUCUGAGGCCUCCUGCGUUCUCAAAGCGACAGUGUGCUGCACAUUUUUUUUAAAUGUAUUUUAUUUAUGACAGACAGCGUCUCAUCACACCAACGACUGACUGUCUGAAGAUCAUUUCAUGGAUUUUGCCCACAGCACUUAAAGAACAGCAGAGGUACAACAUGUUUUCUGUCACUGGUGUCAUCCAAAACCUUAUUUUUUGUCCUGUGAGUGCACGCCAGGACAACUGUCCUUGGGUGACGCUGAAACUGUAUUUCAUGGGGACUUAAGGAUUGUGAGGAAGGCGGCUUCUACGACACGCGUUUAGCGGUAUUGUCCACAUGGGCCUCGUUUUGCAGCCUGGAUAUUGAAUAAACCCAGAGAGCAUGAAGGGUGCAGACAAACGUGGAGCCUGUGAGCCGGCAGAUGAUCUCUCUAUGUUGUCAUAGUGCAUGUUGUCUGUUAUCCAUCACUGAGUGGGGGCAUCACACCACUGACAGUGUAAGUACCACAGCGGUGAGACGGGCAGGAAAGCAUGAUGGAUGGGUCAACCCGUCCGUCCGACCGACCGACGCAGGCUGGAGACCAGAGCCUGAACCAGUGGACCAAAUUAGCCCCCGCCACCCCCAUGUAGAAUGCUUUUGCAUCAGGAGAAUGAAAUAUGCCUGCAUUGUCUACCUCAGAAAAUCAAUUUCACCCCCCCCCCCUGCAGAUCAAUAGGUACAAUGGGAUUGCAGGCAUUGAUCUGCUCUCCCAGUGACAUUCCCAGUUCGCCUAAAUUAGUCACUGGUUAAAAAGAAAAAUGUUUUUUUUUAAUGCAAUCAUAAAGAUUAAGUAAAAACUGUCUCUGAUCAGCAGUUGUAUGUACAGUCACUGUUAUGAUGCUGUGUGAUGUCGGUAACAGAUGUUCGUUUAAUGCCUUAUAAUGCAUGGGGCAAGUCAGUCUGCUAGAUCAGCCAAGUUCCCAUCCUGCUUUGAGCAACGGUUCUGUGAACGUAAUUUAUUCUGGGGUCCUUCUUCCUGUGGUGUUACUCCGUCGUGACCGGCCCCUUUAGAGCCUUUCCCUCCAGCCUGGUUUUGCUGUUGUGCUUUGCCUUUAAGUUGUUCUCCGUUGUGCUAAAAGCACCAGUCACCGCAUCGUCUGACCAACGAGGGCGUAAGCGGAGGCGGCGUCCUCACAUCGAUCCCCUCGGAGCCCGUCCCGUCCAGAGACACCCCCACACCUACAGCCCGUCACGCUUCAUCGUCUUGUUAAGCUCUGCAGACGUGCAAAUGUGUUUGCUUCCAGCCACUGUUGUGUGGUCUGAAUGCAGAGUGGUUAAGGUGUGUUUGCAAUUCUGCUGGUGCCACCUUCCAGUUCCUCCUCCAGUCUAAUCCAAUUUUGCCAAAAACUCAGCUCUUAGGAGCUCUUUUGUCUUUCUUUUUUUUUUCCUGAUUUGCUAAUAUUGAAUCGUAAUUACUUCAGUCUUUGAGCCUGUCUGCUGGAAGCCACAUGAGCUGCAGUUAUGAGCAGGUUGGAGGGAGACCGUCUCAAACUGCACGGCCGCUGGUUUGGAGAGGUCAAAAACGAAAAAAACAAAAACAUCUCUACUGAGUGCUAUGCAACCGUCAAUGGCCGUCCCUGAAAGGUGGGGGCGGUGCCUCUAAAGAAAUCUUUAUGACAGUCGUGAUGGUACAAACAGGAGGAGUGACAUGAGUGGCGAUGCUCUGACGGCAUCUCUUCAUGAAGUGAGCUGUUAAAGUGGACCUACAGGAUGUUUCAAGGAAAGAAGAUGGAUGUCAGAUCCAGAAAAGAAUGAGACGUCUUUAUGUUUGCAGAUCAGUAGAUGAGAGGAGGCUUUUAUUUAUGGGGUUGGAUGAGUGAUUGGUUUUACUCGGCGAAAGAAAGCAAGUGAGGGAAGAAACGAGAGAACCCCCGAGAGACGCGGGAGGGACAAAAGAAAGCGAGGCACUCGCCACAUCUGGAUUUUUCUUUUAUGAGCCCUCCUCCCUCGAAAGUGUCUUAAAUUGUGCGUUAUUGUGUGGCAACACGAUGAUGCAGUCAUAAAGGUGUGUUUGUGUGUGUGUGUGUCUGUUCCCUCUAAGCUUCCAUUGACUUUCCCCCAGUGUUUUGUGAAUUGCUUUACUGUUGUAAAGUGGCAUGUAUGAUUUUUUUUGUUAUCUUUUUGGUUGGUGUACAUUCUCGUGCCACAUAUGUAUGCACUACUAUAACACUUCGCUGUACAGUCCCUCAUGGCCAAAUGUAUAUACUGAAUGUAUUGUAUGGGGACCUUUUGGCAUCAUGGUGCAGAAAUAAAUAAAGUUGGGUUUAUGAGUUGGA